UUUCUCUUCCGGUUUAGCUUGAAAAGCUAAAGAGCUAUCACUUUGGCCUUAAUCCUGUUUUAGUUGUUUUACACACCAGGAACUGAUUACAAACGUUUCUCAAAAGAUGUGCUUUUUAAAGGCUCUGAAACAAAAUGUCCUUGCGCUUGAAAGCCUGAAGUUACACAGGAAAAGGAACGGAAAAGCGAUUAGUAGUUUCCACCGGACUGAUAUUAAGCUGUACCAACCGGAAAAAACACAUUUUUUUAAAAUGCCACUACAAGAUUUGAUUUGAGUGUAAGGAAAUGGAAUGGAAAAGCGAUUAGUAGUUUCCACCGGAUUGAUGUUGAGCUGUACCAACCGGAAAUAAGACUAUAAAACACAUUUUAUGUCACUACAAGAUUAGAUUUGAGUGUACGGCGUCCGCGGUUUGUUGAAGGAGAUAAAAAAACAAAGAUGGAGAUGACAGAGAUGUACGACAACGCUCUGCUGGGGAUCCUGCAGCACGUUGGAAACAUUCAGGACUUUCUCAACGUUUACUUCGGCUUUCUGUACCGAAAAACAGACUUCUACCGACUGCUGUCCGGACCCAACGAUAAAAUGGGUUUCCCCCCGGGCGUUGCCGAGAAGAUGGUGCUGAAGGUGUUUCGGUCAUUUGAGAAGCUGGCAGAGCACGACCGGGAGAGAGCUCUGAGCGAGCAACAGAAGAGACAGGGAAGUAAACAUGUUCCCCCAGCUGUCCAGGAGCUGGAGGUCACCUCUGAGGCCCGGGAGGAGGCGAAGGAGCAGAGCGACACAGAGCCAUCACAGAUGGACAGCGUCCACUUGGAUGCAGAGAAGGAUUCUGUUCCUGCAGCUGCAGCCCCUCAGGCUGCCAGCAGCAGCAGAGGAGACAGUCCAGCAGCACAGGCUGACCAGGCUGCUGCAGCACCAACAGUUCCACCACAGCAAGGUCYGGUUCAGUCUGAUUCAGACAGUUACAACGGAGCAGUGAGAGAAAACUACAGUUGGUCUCAGGACUACACUGACGUGGAGGUCCGCGUGUUUGUACCCAAAACUGUUGUUAAAGGCAGACAGGUUAGUGUCAGUCUGCUGAGCAGCAGUCUACGAGUGUGCGUGAAGGACGGGGCUGAGGAGAAAACACUGAUGGAGGGAGAAUUCACUCACAAGAUCAACACUGAGAACUCUCUGUGGAGUUUAGAACCUGGAAAAUGUGUUGUGCUGUCACUCAGCAAAACCUCCGAGGUUUGGUGGAACGCUGUGCUGAAAGGGGAAAAGGAGAUAGAUAUCAAUCAGAUUAACCGUGAGCGCUCCAUGGCCACAGUUGACGAUGACGAGCACGCUGUUCUGGACCGACUCACAUURGACUACCACCAGAAGCUGCAGGGAAAACCCCAGAGCCAUGAAAUGAAAGUACACGAGAUGUUGAAGAAAGGCUGGGACGCAGAUGGCUCACCUUUCAAAGGGCAGCAGUUUGACCCGUCCAUGUUCGACAUCCCGCCCAGCGCCGUGCAGUUCUGAGGCGCCGCUCAAACCCAGCCAGAUGUCAGCGGACUGUAGUUUUGUCAUUGGAACACUCUGCAGGAACGUCAACAUCUCUGAGGAAACUGAGACCAUAUAAAUUUAGUUUUGUGGAUUAGAGAGAUUGGGAUGGACGUGUGGUUUUUAACACUGGUUUGAUGUUUCAGCAGAACCCAUCCCUUUCUUUGUUGUUUGGACUUUAUGUACUGACUCUGCUGUGCCUAUCUUUGUUGAAAUUUAGUUGUUUCGUCAUAAACAUGUAAGUCUGUUCAGUCUCCAGAUCAAAAACAACCAAAGGUACAAAAAAAGCACAUUUCUGCUCCSAUGUGUUUUUUUAAAAUCAGAUUUCAUGUUUUUACACUUAAUUUGCAUAGGUCAACAUUACAGAUUGUUACUGGAUUCAUGGACAAAAAAACUAAAAAUCUCAGACUGUAAAAACAUGAUUAAUCACAGAGCAUAACAGAGAUGAGCAUCUAAUUCUGUUUUACUGCUUUUAACGUCUAAACAAGCAUUGAAAAAGAUCUGUUGAAUAAAAGUCUGUUAAAUUUAAAAAAUAAAUGUUUUUCUCCUUUAA